CGCCCGCUGCGGGAGCCGGAAGCGCAGGUCCCGCCCGGAAGUGGUGCUGACAGUACACGUGAGCCGAGCCAUGGCGGCCCACCGCUCCGGCCCGCUGAAGCAGCAGAAUAAAGCUCACAAAGGCGGGAGGCAUCGGGGUCGAGGAUCCGCGCAGCGUGAUGGCAAGGGACGCCUAGCACCGAAAACCCUAAGCAAGAAAGUGAGAAAAGAGCUCAGCAGGGUAGACCAGAGGCAUCGAGCCAGCCAGCUCCGAAAACAGAAGAAGGAGGCGGUUCUGGCUGAGAAGAGACAGCUGGGCAGCAGGGAUGGCCCUCCUCAUCAGGUACUGGUGGUGCCCUUGCACAACAGGAUUUCCUUGCCAGAGGCCUUUCAGCUACUUCAAGACAGAGAUACUGGAACGGUACACGUGAAUGAGUGGGGAAGCACCCAUAGCUUUAUGCUGUUAUGCCCAGACUUGAAACAUCGGUGGUUUUUCACAUCAGCAAGACCAGGGGAUCUGCACACUGUGUUAGAUAUGGCUAAAGUAGCUGAUACCAUCCUCUUCCUCCUUGAUCCACUAGAAGGCUGGGACAGCACUGGAGAUUACUGCCUUUCCUGCCUCUUUGCUCAGGGCCUUCCCACCUAUACUCUAGCUGUCCAGGGAGUUUCUGGCCUCCCACCAAAGAAACAAAUAGAUGUCAGAAAGAAGCUAAGUAAAGCAGUGGAGAAGCGCUUUCCUGAUGACAAACUCCUCCUGUUAGACACUCAACAGGAGGCAGGGCUGUUACUCAGGCAGUUGGCUAACCAAAAGCAACGACAUAUUGCCUUUCGAGAUCGGCGGGCCUAUCUGUUUGCCCAUGCUGCUGACUUUGUGCCCAGUGAAGAAAAUAAUUUGGUGGGCACCUUGAAAAUCUCUGGCUAUGUUCGUGGGCAGACUCUGAAUGUAAAUAGCUUGCUGCAUAUCGUUGGACAUGGAGAUUUCCAGAUGAAGCAGAUAGAUGCUCCGAUGGACCCUUUCCCCUUAAAUCCUAGAGUGAGCAAAUCCAAAAAGGAUCCAGGCGUGGCAAUGGAGAUUUGUGCUGCAGAUGCUGUAGGUGGUAUGGAGGAAGACAUUAAGGUUCUGAUGAAGGCAGACCCUGAUAGGCAGGAAUCUUUGCAAAUAGAAGUGAUUCCAGAUUCAAUGGAGGGGGAACAAACCUGGCCUACUGAGGAGGAGCUGAAGGAAGCCAGUGACUUCUUGAAGGAAAGACGCAAGGUGGUAAAGAAAGUCCCCAAAGGAACGUCCAGUUACCAAGCUGAAUGGAUUUUGGAUGAGGGUGAUGAAAGUGGUGGGGAUGAUGAAUAUGAUGAUACGGAACAUGAAGAUUUUAUGGAGGAGGAUUCUCAGGAUGAAAACAGUGAAGAAGAGGAGGAGGAGGAAUGUGAAACUGUAACUAUAGGAGAGUCUGUGCAUGAUGAUCUGUAUGAUGAGAAAGUGGAUGAGGAGGCUGAGGAAAAAAUGUUGGAGAAAUAUAAACAAGAAAGACUAGAAGAGAUGUUUCCAGAUGAAAUAGAUACCCCCCGUGAUGUGGCUGCUAGAAUUCGAUUUCAAAAAUACAGAGGCCUCAAGAGCUUCCGGACAUCUCCAUGGGAUCCUAAGGAAAACCUUCCUCGAGAUUAUGCACGGAUAUUUCAAUUUCAGAACUUUACUAAUACUAGGAAACGCAUCUUUAAAGAGAUUGAGGAAAAAGAGAUUGAAGGGGCUGAGGUUGGCUGGUAUGUCACACUUCAUGUCUCUGAAGUUCCUGUCUCAGUGGUUCAGUACUUCAAGCAAGGCACACCUCUGAUUGCAUUUUCUUUACUACCUCAUGAACAGAAGAUGUCAGUACUAAAUAUGGUGGUGAGCCGGCACCCUGGCAACACUGAACCUGUGAAAGCCAAAGAGGAACUGAUCUUCCACUGUGGGUUCAGGCGCUUCAGAGCCUCACCUUUAUUCUCUCAGCACACUGCAGCGGACAAACAUAAAUUUCAGAGAUUCCUGACAGCUGACAUGGCCCUGGUGGUGACAGUAUAUGCCCCAAUCACUUUUCCUCCUGCAUCGGUGAUGCUUUUCAAACAGAAUAGCAAUGGAAUACACAGCCUCAUUGCCACAGGUCAUCUACUGUCAGUGGAUCCUGAUAGACUGGUCAUCAAGAGAGUUGUUCUGAGUGGUCAUCCUUUCAAAAUUUUUACUAAGAUGGCAGUAGUGCGUUACAUGUUCUUUAGUAGAGAGGAUGUGCUGUGGUUUAAACCAGUGGAACUGAGAACAAAGUGGGGCCGAAGGGGGCACAUCAAGGAGCCUUUGGGUACUCAUGGCCACAUGAAGUGCAGUUUUGACGGGAAGCUAAAAUCUCAGGAUACAGUACUGAUGAACCUCUAUAAGCGAGUUUUCCCCAAAUGGACUUAUGAUCCUUAUGUACCAGAACCAGUACCUUGGGUGAAAAGUGAGAUUUCUUCAGCAGUACCUGACGUGGACAUGGAGUAAUGGUUUCUGUGGAAUUCUGUCUCAUUGCUAUGACCUAGCACGCUAGGAAUAGGAGCCUACAGGUUGUGAUUGGGCAAAACUUGUUUUCUAUGUUAACCUGGAGGUCUGCUGCCCCUUUUUGCAAGGCUUUUCUUGACCUUGAUAGAGUAGCUCAGUAAAGUAGGGAUAUUUUUCUAUUGCUACUUAUUCCAAAAAAAUUAUUAAAUUUUGCUGAAAUAUCCACUCUCCAUUAGGAUUUUGAAAGCUAUUUAAAAGGGGAAGAUGGGAAGGUAACCAGAAAACAAUGUUUUCUAGUGUCUGGAGACCUGAACCCCAUCUCUUCCUUUUGAAUAAAUUAAACAGAAAGUGAUUGGUAAGGAGCUGGCUUUUCAGCCUGCUUCACCCAGGUUAGGGAAGUUAAGUCUACAUUUCCACCACUGAGCACAAUACAGAUGUUCUUUACUUCUGGCGAAACAGUUUGAAAAUGCUGAGACAGCACAGCAGCCACUCCAACACCAGCUGUCGGUUCAAUAAGCAGUUUCAUCCUCUCCCACACUAGCUGGGUUGCAUACUGUUGGUACAGAGGGAGCAAGAAUUAGUGAAAUGAGAGUAAGAGAAAGCUCCUAGUUAGUCGGCCUUUAAAGUUGAAGACCAGGUGAAGCUAUAUGCCCAAUGUGGAUUUUCUUGCUGUUACAUGCAUGUGCUUGCCAGUGUAGAGUGGGGCUUUUUUCCCCCUCUAGCUUAACUCUGCUUCUACUUUCCAAAAAGGGUUAUCUUAAUACACCGAGGGCACUGCCCCACCUGUCUGUCCUGAGGUCACUCACACCAGUCCCCAGUGAGUCAUUUGCUAAGAAGUUUCUCCAUUCUGUUAUUUCCUUUCCUUUUGGAAUCUCACCUUAAUUUCAUCUUCUGUGACAGUGAAGACAUCAUCCACAAGGUCCCUUAUAAUAGGCCAGGUGUUUAAACCAACACUCGAUUUGACACCAUCUGCUACGGUUUCUGGAGGAUGAGUAUUAGGAGUCAGUUCCCCUUUCAGUUUGGACUGGUAGCAGUCAUCUGCAUUUAAGGGUUCAGCAGCAUAUAUCUUCACACUGGGUUUCAGAGCCUGGGAAGAGGAAUAUUAAAAACAUCUCACUUCUAGCCAUAGCAUUUGCCUGCAUGCCUGCAGUAAAAUACACAACAAAGGUAACACAUUACUAUCCAAAUAUAAUCCUUUUCUUUGAUAAACAUAAUAAAAAUAUGACCUUUAAGCACUUUAAAUUGCAUUCACAAUGCAGGUCUUCAGUUGCCUAAGUUGUUCUACUGGUAACGGGAAAAAAGCACUCCCUGGCUUGGCUAGUAGAUUGGUAAGAUGGAAUUCAGGAAAAGGACUGAGAGUGUCACUUAUAACUUUACUAUCAAGUUGAGUAAGAGUAGUUAGACAGGGGCCUCCCUGGUGGUGCAAGUGGUUAAGACACAGCACUAUGAAGCUAUCCGCAGCUACUGCAGCACGAAUUCAGUCCCUGGCCAUGGAGGUAACCCACUGGCACAGCAGACCUCCCCAGACUCACCCCUGCUCCCCUCAGCAGUGUAUUUCAGUCAAUCUGCCUGUUCUUUCCCCACUCUGUCUCUGGUAAAUCCUCUCAUGCCCUACACCUUUGGCCUGUGCGCCAGAUCUUGUAUGCAUGAGUAAAUCAAUUUUUUUUUUUUUUUUAAAAAGUAGUGAGACAGAAGGACCUUCAUCUGAAGUGUAAGGGGUGAAUGGGGAAUUUGAACAAGUAUCCACAAUGUACACUGUCAAAUAAAAUGCCCUACUCAUGAAGUGGGAAGUCCUCCGUAACCUGUUCUCUUACCUUAAUUGUAAUUGCU